AUGGGCCCAGAUUAUAGGGUACUUGUGCACAGAGCUCGAAAACUAGCUCAACAGUACUAUCUCGUUUACCAAGAACCUAUUCCCACAGCUCAACUGGUCCAGAGAGUAGCUUCCGUGCUGCAGGAAUAUACCCAGUCAGGUGGUGUUCGCCCAUUUGGAGUUUCUUUACUUAUCUGUGGUUGGAAUGAGGGACGGCCAUAUUUAUUUCAGUCAGAUCCAUCUGGAGCUUACUUUGCCUGGAAAGCCACAGCAAUGGGAAAGAACUAUGUGAAUGGGAAGACUUUCCUUGAGAAAAGAUAUAAUGAAGAUCUGGAACUUGAAGAUGCCAUUCAUACAGCCAUAUUAACCCUAAAGGAAAGCUUUGAAGGGCAGAUGACAGAAGAUAAUAUAGAAGUUGGAAUCUGCAACGAAGCUGGAUUUAGGAGGCUUACCCCAACUGAAGUUAAGGAUUAUUUGACUGCCAUUGCAUAA